AUGAAACGUCUCAUUUUGGCAGCCAUCCUGGUAAUCGCACUCGCUGGGGCGCAUCCCAGAUCGAAUGAAUUGCCAACAAUGUGCUCGCUGUGUAAAGACGCAGUGGACGUGGUUGUACGAAUGCUGGAUAAGUCGUUACCAGAAAUUGAAAAGAUAUACGUGGCUGAGUGCGAGGUGGCUUUUUCUUUCUUGCCGUUCUUUCAAGUAGAAUGUCAAGCGCUAGCAACAAGAGACAUCCCACCCAUCAAGCGCUACCUUGAAUCUGGAACUGCUCCAGAGGACGUGUGCCGAAAACUGAAGGCGUGUUGA